UCUUCGUCCUGAUACCGGAAGUGCGUCACCGACAGGCGACCGUGCCAUUUUGACGCGCUUCACAUCUUUCUUCCUAGUCUUCUUAUUUGUAUUUAACUUAAUCCAUUAAAGGAAAAUAAAACUAAUUCAUCAUGGCUAUGCAAGCAGCUAAACGCGCGAACAUACGACUCCCCCCAGAGGUCAACAGAAUCCUCUACAUUAGGAACCUUCCCUACAAAAUCACAGCAGAGGAAAUGUAUGAUAUCUUUGGGAAAUAUGGACCAAUACGUCAAAUCAGAACAGGCAACACACCUGAAACAAGAGGAACGGCCUAUGUGGUUUACGAAGAUAUUUUUGAUGCCAAAAAUGCUUGCGAUCACCUCUCAGGCUUCAACGUCUGCAACCGGUACCUGGUGGUGCUCUACUACAAUGCAAACAGGGCAUUCCAGAAAAUGGACACCAAAAAGAAGGAAGAACAGUUGAAGCUCCUAAAAGAGAAAUAUGGCAUCAAUACAGACCCUCCAAAGUAGCCUUCAACAAACAUUUUUCCCCAUUUUGUUGUCUUUUUUGCUUUUUCUUUUGGUGGUCAAUUUCCUCUAUAUUUUUCAAAAUGGGCCCCUAUCCCCCCCAUUCUUUUUUGUUAAUAUGAAAAUUAUGUGUUCUAAUAAUUGAAUAUUUGUAAAUGUGAAGGCGCAACAUUGUUUCAUGUGACAGUGUUGUGUUUAUCUUGAUUUUUCAUCAUUAAACUCUGAUCUUAA